AUGCCGGCCAUCCCAAUGCCUCACGCUGGUUCGCAUAUCCUAGCUCACCACAGAGAUUCUGCAGAGGGCACGGAUCAUCGGCACUCGAGAGAACGACGAAGAUCGCGAGAUGUGGAAGCUCAAGAAUCCGAGGGAGACCAUCAUGUUCACAUAAGAGAAAAGCCAGAAGGGGGAGCGCACAAACAGCCUGAAGACGGGACCGAGGCACCUUUUCAUACUCUACAUCGUACAGACACGGUGAACUCGAAGUCUACUAUGCGCAGACGAGGCCGGUCCAACACAAAUACCGUCAUGUACGGAGCACAUGACAUGGGCAGAACUUCCGGUUGGGCACCUGGCUUAGAACCUGGGAUUGACACGAGCGAACCGGCACCGCCUUACAGUGAAGGUCAUCCUACGUCAAUACACUAUGAGACUUUGAAGCAGAGGUGUGAAAUUACAGUGGUUGACUUCAGCAACCAGGCAAUGUCGACAUUUGACCUGGAUAACGAUAAUCUCGAGGAGUUCCUGGCAAGGCCUAUCGAGCCUUGGGCUGACGUCCGAUGGAUUAAUGUCAAUGGCUUGUCGUGGGACGUAAUUCGGCUUCUAGGUAAUCACAAACAUCUACAUCCACUUGCGAUCGAAGACAUGAUCAACACCAAAAACCGGACGAAGGUCGACUGGUAUAGCGACCACACGUACCUAGUCCUGCCUCUACAGAAACUCAUAUACCUGGAUGAACGUGAGGAAUAUGAGUCGUCCGACGAAGAGUCCUCCGAGACGUCAGGUUCGAUCAAAGAUCAGGACUCUGAGUAUCACGCGCGAAUUCUCACCGAACGGCGCAUGCGUAAACGUUUGAAAAAGAGGAAGGGCGCCAUCGUGUCUCUUUGGGACGACAUCUUCAAGCCCAAAAGAAGGAAACGCGACUCGAACACCAGUCCGCCAGGCUCGUACAACGAAGAGAUCAAACCGUCCAACUCCUUCCGACAUGCAUCCAAAGUCGAAAUACCAUGGGCCCCCAAGAAGGUGCGAACCAUGCAAGGCUAUCACUCUGGCCCCAACCAAGACCGCAUCGACUUCAUGGAGCGCCACGCCGUGCUACGCGACCGAGGGAUCGGCGUAUCGAUGGAGCAGGUGUCAGUAUUCCUAUGCGCCGAUAACACGGUCAUAUCCUUCUUCGAGUACUCGGCGCACGACGUCCAGACGCCCAUCAUCCGCCGCCUUCAGACCCCAGGCACUAUCCUGCGCCAGUCCGCCGACGCGAGCAUGCUGGCCCAGGCUAUUCUCGACGCCAUGAUCGACCUCGCCAUCCCUGUGACGACAGCCUACCAAGACGCCAUCGGCGACCUGGAACUUGACGUGCUCACAGACCUGGACCUUCACGAGGCAAACACACUGUACAUUCUCACGUCGGAGAUUGCGAUCCUUCGUAACGCCAUCGCCCCCGUCGUCCAGCUCAUUGGCGCACUAAAAGAUCACAAAUCCGACGCCUCGUCUGCCGCGGCGGCCCUCGCCACCUCCCGCGUGCCCACGCCAUCCAUAUCAUCCGCGGCGAACAACAAUCCCAUGUCCGCGCCCACCUCCAACGGCAGACCAGCCUACGCCAAACAGCCUUCGACAUUCUCCUCGGGCGUGCAGAUUUCUCCACUCAGCGUAACGUACCUGGGCGACGUCGAGGACCACGCACUCCUCAUCCAAGACAGUUACGACCAGAUGCGUCGCUCGGCCGACAACCUGGUCGAUCUGAUCUUCAACACCGUGUCCGCGUACCAGAACGAGAGCAUGAAGCAGUUGACCAUCGUGACCUGCUUUUUCCUCCCGCUGAGUUUCCUCACGGGCUACUUCGGCAUGAACUUCGUCCGUUUCGACGGCGUCCAGCACCAUUCCGAUGCCUUCUUCUGGAUCAUCGCCUUGCCCGUCAGUUUGGUUGUUUUCAUCCUCUUGAUGAGGGACGUAAUGGCGCGCUAUAUAAUACGGUGGGCGAACAGGACGCUCAUCGCGAGAGGCCGGAAGAGGAGGUUACAGAAGCAUUGA